AUGGAUGUACACACUUUUACUCCCUUUCCAUAUCAGCCUCUCAAGUCUGACGAGCUAAGACUCCUUCUUGUGGAACCUGGAAACACUGACUUGAUACGCGUUGAGCUCAAAACCAUUAAAUCCCGCACGUCACAAAGAUUCUGGGCCCUGUCUUACGUCUGGGGCGCGAGAGAAAACCCCGCCACUAUCCUUCUCAACGAUCAGCCAUUCAGCAUCACGAGAAAUCUAUACAAUGCUCUGUAUCAGUAUCGCCGUCAUGUGUUUAAUGACUACGGCAGUGAUAAGGCAAUGAUCUGGGUAGAUGCCAUUUGCAUCAAUCAGAACGACCAGGUUGAGAAGUCGAUUCAAGUUCCCCGCAUGUCAGAGAUUUACGGUCAAUGUGAGCGUGUGUUGGCGUGGUUGGGCCCGGUGGAUAAUGAUGAGGAAAUUCAUGUUUGCAGAUUGGCCGAGAGGCUGAAGCACUUUCAAUCACCUGCAAAUUCUAACAGUGAAGACCUCACUGAAGAUGACCGCAUCAAAACGUUCAUGAGCUCUGGCCGCUCGAACGAAACUGCAGCAAUCGAGGUCGAAUCCGUUCGGAAGGCUUUGAGGUUUAUCGGUCAUCGCCCAUGGUUCCGACGUAUCUGGAUCCUCCAAGAAGCCGUCCUAGCAAAGAAACAGCCAAUCUUGCUUUGCGGAUCUCACGAGUUGGGAUACGAGAUCUUCUUCAAGACAUGGGUCUUGAUGCUGAAUCCAUCUGAGGAUGGGCAGCUGCUCUACUCGUUCAUGGCAGAGAACCCAGUCAGGUUCAAAGCUAUCGAGCUGGUGUACAAGAACAUUCUACAGGCCAGAACUGAAAACACUCAAGAAGAAGCGAAAGAUGCUGUGAGUCGGGAAAAGCAAUGUGCCCUUGACACGGUGAAAUUACUGAAUGAGGCCACUGAACUGGAAGCCACUGUGGCUCAUGAUCGCUUAUAUGCCCUCAUUGGUCUGCUGGCUUGCGACCCUCUACCUCCAGCCCUUCAGCCAGACUACACCCAAACUUUCGAAGAACUCUGCUACAAAUUCACAAUGUUCAUUCUCGAACAAGUCCAAGACAUUCGGGUAUUGAACUUAGGGACUGUUGGCAAUCUUCCAGCUGUCCCAUCGUGGACGCCAGAUCUCCGAAAUAGCUGGACGGCAAGGUCUAAUUUGACCCCCAGUCCGGGAAAGUGCUUCAACGUUUCUGAAGAUGGAAAAGUUUUAACCAUGCCGGCGAUUAUACUUGGCCAGUGUGUGUCUGUUUCCAAACCCGUCAGGCAUGAUCCAGAUACUGGCCUUGUCUCGCCAAGUUCACUCCUGCAGUUUGACGAAGCUAUAGUUAAAGUGGCGGCUGCUAUAAGAAGAGUUACACGCAUGGAAGUCAUGACCGAGUGGUUCAAGUUUCAUCUUUCGGACAUAUACACCGAAGAACGUUUAACUAAGGAUCCCAUCAUCGUGCAGAGAGUCUUGAUGGCUUAUGUAUGCAUGGUACACAAUCAACCACUCUCCUCACUUGGUACAAGGUUCGGGACAGAGGAUCAGUUGCAAGGAGCUUAUGGGAUGGUUACAGACCCAAUUCUUCAGCACAGUAUGGUUGGAUAUAGUAACUUCGUGUUACAAGAUGGAACAGUAGGACAGCUGCUUCACAGUGAGGCGGUGGCAGAAGUCGGGGAUGCGAUUUGUGUUUUUCCAGGUCUAUCGACUACUUUUCUCAGGCGAAGAACUGAUGGUGGAAAAUGCAGGAUUGUUGGGCGCGUUUCGAAAUGGGAAAGCGUCGGGGCUAGUCUACCUGCGGAUCAGCUGGAGAGAUAUCGUUGCUCAUUUGAAGAUAUGCACCAAGGCAGAAAGCCAGAUCACGAGGUUCGAGUCAUACAAAUUGUAUAA